UGAGCAAAUGAGCAUGGACCUCAGCACUUAAAAUUAAUAUCCAUCCGCCUACAGUUCAACUACUUUCGCUUGUCGUCUCCCUCGCCGUCCCAGAAAUUAAAUACGACGUCAUUUUCGCUUCCAAUGCACUUCCCGGCAUUGCUUCCAUUGCACACUCGUCAAAGACCCCUCCACCACCGCUUGACCCACCGCUAUUGCAACUGCAAACUCUAAACCAACCCCCUUAUUCCCUAAUCAAACCUUCCCGCAUAAAUUUUCGCACUCUCUACUUUCCUCAAACAUCCAUUUCUCGCUCCCUUUUCGUAGAAUCUCAAUCUCUGCUCCCCCGCGAUGGAAGUGGAGCAGCCAAAGCCGCCGCCCAAUUCGGCGAUGACGUUCGAUGAAGUGUCGAUGGAGCGAAGCAAGAGUUUCGUCAAAGCCUUACAGGAACUUAAGAACUUGAGGCCCCAGCUUUAUUCUGCUGCUGAAUAUUGUGAAAAGUCUUACCUUCAUAGCGAGCAGAAACAGAUGGUCCUAGAGAACCUAAAAGAUUAUGCUGUAAGAGCCCUUGUAAAUGCUGUUGACCACCUAGGCACUGUUGCAUACAAAUUGACGGACCUUGUUGGCCAGCAAAACUUAGACGUGUCCACCAUGGAGUUGAAGAUCACAUGUAUAAAUCAGCAACUUCUAACUUGUCAAGCAUACACGGAGAAAGAAGGCUUCAGGCAGCAGCAGCUACUAGCCAUCAUCCCGAGACAUCACAAACAUUAUACAUUACCAAAUUCUGUCAACAAGAAGGUUCACUUUAGCCCCCAUAUUCAAAUGGAUCAUAGGCAACAUAUACAACCCAGAGGCCGUAUUUUUCCUUCAGGCCCCGCUGCUGCAAAAACUCUUUCAUGGCAUCUAGCAUCAGAAACCACAUCGACUUUGAAAGGGGCUUCGUGUGGUUUUGUGAGUGCUGAUGACAUAAAAAAUUCUGGAAGAACAUCUGGUGCAUUCAAUUUGUUGGAUGCUGCUGAAGUGGGCAAUAGGACAAAAGCCUCACCAGCUUGGUCUAAACCGCCAAGUGUAGGUCCUGGAUCAAGCAUAGCAACACACACAUUGGGUGUCAUGCGGGAUGCCCUGGAUGGCUCUAAACCUAUGACUCCAUAUAGAUCGUUUGAUAAUCCUCCUCCCCCACGCCGGGAGACCACACAUGUGCCGACCCGCAGCAAGAGCAUGCUAUCAGCUUUCUUUGUCAAACAGAAGACACCAAAAGUGAACAGAGACAGACAGAGUUAAAUGCCACAGCCACAUUAACGAGGGCAGGAUCCAUGAAUCUUCUUUCUUGAUCAUACGCUUGUUGGUCAAUGCGGCACCAAUUACCAUUACCACUACCAUCUCACUCAGUUUAUUCUUUUUUGGGGGGAAAUAAUGUGCAGAAAUUAUUGUAUAUUGUGACUGAGGCAGCAAAUGAUUAAUGAUGCUUAUGUGUUGUGACUUCAUUCUACUGUGCAGUACAAUGACUGGAUUAAUCAUUUCCAUUAAAGCAUGCAGUAUGAGUAAGGUGUAAGCUAAGCUGAAGCUGGGUGUUAAUCCAGGAUUGUACUCUUUACCCUGUCUUGUCUUGUAAAACUCACUGCUCACCUAUGUAUAACAUACGCAUACAUUUACUUUCA